AGACAUGUCUGGCUUUGAAUUAAGAUUUAGAUCUUGAAAAAAACUGAAGAGUUUAAUAUUUUGCGAAUGUAGUCUGCGUCUGAAUGUUUCCUUGUUUUGAUAUUCUAAAGCUAAAAUUUAACUGUAGUUGAUGUUACAACUUAUUUAUGCAAUGUGUGCAAUAAUUGUAACUUUUGUAAGAAAUAAUUUUAGUUACACGGUUGGUUGAUGCUAGAAUGUAGAAGGAAAUAUUCUAAGUUAAGUUAUGGAAUCGGUGUCGUUGGGUUCACAUAGGUUGAUACACUUGGAUUUGAAAGGUGCACCCCCAAAACUAACUUAUCUGGAGCAGCUGUUCCCGCUGCUGCGGGAGUGGGGGGCCACCGGCCUGCUCCUCGAGUGGGAGGACACGUUCCCGUACUCGCGGGAGCUGCUGGCCGUCGGGUCGGGCGGCCCGCAGCCCGCCGCGGGGGCCUACUCCGGCGCCGAGGCCCGCCAGCUGCUGCAGCUGGCCGGCGACCACGGCCUGGCCGUCGUGCCCUUGGUGCAGACCUUCGGCCACCUGGAGUUUGUCCUGAAGCAUGAGGAAUGGCGGCCGCUGAGGGAGGUGGAGGCGUACCCCAGCUCCAUGUGCCCGUCCCACCCCAGGGCUCUGCCCCUCGUCACUUCGCUCAUCAAGCAGAUAGUUGAUUUCCACCCGGACAUUCAGUACCUCCAUAUCGGAGCAGAUGAGGUGUGGCACAUGGGCCUGUGCCGGACUUGCGCGCGACGCGUGCAGGCAAGCAAGCACGGCCGCUGCCAGCUGUUCCUCGAGCACCUGGUGGCGGUGGCCCAGUUCAUCCGGGACACGUACCCCUCGCUGCGGAUCAUCAUGUGGGACGACAUGCUGCGGCCGAUCGACACCUCCGUGCUGUUGGAGUAUAACCUUGGUCGGUACGUGGAACCAAUGGUUUGGCAUUACCAGACGGCUGAGUCGUUUCAGCUCCUGCCUGCUCUGUGGGACAAGUACUCGGACGUGUUCGCGAGCGUGUGGGCGGCGACUGCCUUCAAGGGGGCGACGGGCAGCUGCCAGGUGCUGCCCGUGGUCCAGCACCACGUCAGCAACCACGAGCAGUGGCUCCUGGUGCUGGGCCGGGAGGCCGGCAAGUUCCGCCACUUCCGCGGCGUCGCCCUCACCGGCUGGUCUCGGAGGCAAGAGAUCCGACCAUCACUUCGACCUCGUGGCUUCAUGUGUUCGAGAAGGUACGACCACUAUGCUACAAUGUGCGAACUGCUGCCGACUGCCAUCCCGAGCCUCCUGCUGUGUCUGAAAGUGUGGCUGAACGGUAGCUUCAGCCCCAGUGUCCACGUGGCUGCAGCGAAGACUUUGGGCUACGCUGACGCUCCCCUGCUUCUCAACCCGUACCCAAGACCGCAGCCAGUCGCCCAACAGCUGAGUUUUCCCGGCUGGAAGGUGAUGGCUGGAGUGGAGUGGUUCGCAAACUUCAGAGUCAAAUUUUCCAGCAUCGUGGAGAGUGAUCAGGUGGAGACAUGGUUGAAUCCUUGGCAGAUACAGAAUGGCUUCACUAAUCCAAUGCAGAUAGAAAGCAUUAUCCCAGCAUUCACAGACCUGACGCUGGAGCUGACGGCGCUGGAGGACUACCUGCGCGCCGGCAUGGAGGACGUGCUGUACCCAGCUGCGGUGGAGGAGUGGCUCGGCACGCGGCUGGAACCUCUCAAGGCGAGGCUGCGGCAGGUCAAGAAGGACGCGGAGUCCCAGGUCCUGCUCGGCGCUCGCCCCCGGGGCCGCCCGGCCCUGGUCUGACGCCUUCUCUCCGCUCCCGCGCACGACCAACCUCGUCGCGUUCUCUUUGUUCGACCGGCUCAGUCGCAGAGCACGACGAGACAAGAGGCAGAAGAGCCUUCUCCGAUUUCCCUCGACAACCUUUCCUUCCCACGGCGAGUCGGUCUUGCACGAGCAGCAAUGUCGUGGCUCUGGAAAUUUAUUUGAUCACUCGUUAUGUUUCCAAAUCAUGUCCCAGAUUUCUAAAAUUGCUCUCUUGGUUUCAUGUAGCAUUUGUUUUUGUUUUUAUGUUUAUAUAUAAUGAUAUAAUGAAGUGAUUGGAAACUGUAAAACCUAUAUUUAAAUUCAUUGUUCAAACCACAAAUACGAAUACAGACUUGUUUUAGAUAUACAUAAUUUUAAAGGCCCUUGAAGAAACUGUUAUGAACUAAGUUUAAUUUACAGCAUAGCUAAAAAUAUUUAAAAGAUAAUAUUUUACCAAAAUGCUUUAGUAUCAAUUUAACACAUAUGUGCAACUUCAGAAUGGUAAAAGUUCCCACCGUCAGUCAGGAAGGAAAACUAAAGGAAACUAACUUAAUUUUUUUUAUUGUUGGUGCACAUUUUACUGAAAACAAAAGAUUUGCUUUCGUCAUUGCUGCUAGUUAGCCAGUUUUGAAUGCCUUGUGUAGAGAUUACAUUCUAGGUUUUCAUUCAACUGAACACUAUAAUCAAUUUUUUGUAGAAAUUGGGCAUUAAUUUACUUUUCAGAUACAUUGUAAAGUCUUCAAAUUUCAUGUCAUUGAGGUUAUCUGCCAGACUUUGACUUAAAAAAUAAUGUAACCAUUCAGAACAAAGCCUUUUUCUUUAUAUUUAUGCAAAUGAAUUAAUUAUGGACAUGUCCCAUUGGAUUUUGUGAUGCUGAUUUCAGUAUUGAGUGGUGACAAUAUAGUAGUAUGAACAUGAAUUUUUCAACAUGAACUACUGUGCCACCAGCAAUACAAAAUUAACAUGUUUAAUUUGUUAUCGAGCCCUUUCCACAUUUUAAAACCAUGAAACCUUAUUUUUUGUUACAGUGAAAUUUUACGUCAACAUUUCACAGAAAUGUGUCGCAGCACUCAUAACUUAUAUUUCCCAUUUUGUUCCCCCCAGUGCAGUGGUGUACAGGUUUAUUAUGUGAGUUAGAUGCUGACACUAUCAAUUUUUUCAGGUAGCAGGCAGUUGCUGGACUGACUCCGUCCUCUACCCAACGCUCUUAUCUCGUGACCACCUCGUGACAGUGGGGUCUGCACAUGUUCUUUUGCCUCUUGUCACGUUAUAUCCGUCAGCAGACAUUAUAUUCCAAAUUUUAAUUUGGAAGGUUAAUAUGUUGUAAUUUACUAUAAAUACAAUGUAUUAUGUUAGUACUUCAUUUUAUGAAAUAUGUGGUUUACCUCCACAUCUUAAGUUUGUUUUUGUGGCCAACUAAAUAUGUAAGGUCAGUCAAAAUGUAUCAAGAUUUUGGUGAUGCAGCAGUGCAUAUCUGCAAUUGUUACAGAUCUGUCUCGUACAGAGUAAUGCAUGAUUACGAUAGUGUGAAGUGCUGCGUUGCAACGAGCUUGUCAAUCAGACUUGUGUUGAGUGUAUCGCAUAAACAUUCACAGCACAUGUAAUACGGCAGAUGAGAAAUUUUUCCCCCCAAAAAAAUUGCUCAAAUAGUUAACAUUAGUAAAGAAAUGAAUAAAAAUAAACAGUUUUCAGUGUUAAUUAUUGUGGUCUUAAUUGAAGAAAUGUAUUCACAUAAAUAAGUUUAUAAAGCUGUACAGUCAUAUUUUUGUCCUUUUUUACUAGAGAACAAAUUACAAUAUUGCAGUUCUCAUAGACUGACAGAAAUACUUAAUCAAACUUUUGUGUAACCAUUAAAAUAUUUGCAGUCAAUGGUUAGCUACAGAUGCAUUGUGACACAAUAACAGUUACAGAAAAUAUUCAUGGCACUAAUAUAUGUUUGCUGAGUGCUUCCUGUGGCUUAUUUUAUAGUAAUUGCAGGGACAGUGUUUCAAAAGCAUUUAAACUAUGUGCCAUGAAGCAUGUUUGUCUUCUCUUCUGGCUCAAAUUGUCUGUCAGGAAUUUAACUGGCCAGUCCAGUUUUGCGAGUUGUUUUCAUUCAAAACAUAUUGGCACAGUUUUUUUUUUUUUUUUUACAUCAGAUCUAAAGUGUGUUGUAGGUGUGUCAGUAUACCUGCCACUCACCUGUUAGUUCCAGGAAAGUAGAGUGCUAAUCAAAUAUGUAUUUUCCAUGAACGAGUAUGUAAAUCAAAAUAAUGUGUUUGUUUACUACCAUUACAAUUAAGACAUUACUCCUGUUAAGAUUAAAACCAAUUCACAGUAUUAAUUAUACAUCCAAAUACAUUGAAACAAAUGUAUGAACUACAUUAUGAGAGUAAAAUUUCUAAACAAAUUUUAAAUCACUGGCUGCAAUGUAUACAGGUAUGGCCUAUAUGGGCAUGGACAUAGGCAUAUAAACAUUUGUGAGCUACAAAAUAAUACUCUUUAUUAACAUAGAAGCUCUGUGGAAUACUCUAAUACGACUAAACAAGCAGAAGCCUAUACUCCUAGUCAUACUUGGAUUAGCCAUGCAGGGAGAGGGUUCGCUUGCGUCAUGUGCUUUGUGCUGGGAUCGACAAGCCACGGCAGCUCACUGCCACUUACUAGUUAAUUUGGGCCCAGUAAAAUCUGUUAAGGACAGGGUUUGCAUUAAUAGUGCAGGAUAACAUAGGAUACAGGAUCUGCUGAUAGAAGAGUUGGUCAGGGGAGAAAAGUCUACCAUGCAGGGCUUUGGGCUCUUGGACCGAGGUGCACUUUGAAUUUAACCAGUUCUGAAUUAAAUUUUUGUAACCAGUGAUACUUGCACUUCUGGUGGUGAGUGGCUACACGUACACGUACUACCCUCUCAGCACCUCGAUACUUAUAAAGAAGAAACAACCAAAUAAUAAACUAUGCACUUUAUAUAUAUGUAUAUCAAAAUUAGGUAUAUAAAUAUACAGUAAAAUACUGAUAUAACGAACUUCACAUUAAUGAAAAUUUCACUUUAACGAAUGAUUUGAAAUUUCCCUCCAAUGACUGUACACAUACAAGGUUAAAAUAUUUCAAAUUUACGAAAUAGAUUUUCGUUACAAAAUUUACCGAAUAUUUAGUCUAUGCGUCAAAAUAUUUACUUACUGUCGUUCUCUUGGCAUAAUUUCAAUGAUUCAAUCAUUCAACGGCUUUAUUUUGUUGUCUAUUUACAUUGAAAACGGCAUUGCAAAGUUUGAUGUGCAUUUGUGUUCUUUUUUUUUUCUACCCAAAAUAUGGCCAACUGCUUUUACUCACGGCCAUAGACUUAAAAAAAUACACUAUUAGUAGUAGGAACUGUAUGUUUAGAUGUGCGCACUUCACUUAUUUUAUUUGUGGCGAGAUAUGGCCAACUGCUUUUCCGUAGCUGCAACAUUUAUGAAAAACUUACACAGAGUUAACUCACUGGAAAACUAUAUGCCGCUAAAACUGGCAAUAUCAGCGACUGAAUGGUUUCCAUCUUCUGCACAUAUUGUUCAGUCUUUGGUCUGUUCGGUUUCUGUUUAUAUUAUUAAUUGUUUACAUUUUGUUGCCAUCAGUGAUUUUCAGUGAGAUAUUUUUCUAACAGAGUUUCAGUUUAAUUUUUAUCAUCAUGGACGAUAAAAAAAAAACUGAGUAUUCUUUAAAAUAAAAAAUGGAAAUCUUGAAGGAAGUAAACAAAGGCACAAAAAAAUCACAUGUGGCCAAGCAGUUUGGUUUGGCACUCUCUACACUCUCUACAGUACUGAAAGAACGGGGGAAGAUUGUGAAGAUGUAUGUACAAUCAUCACUCAGUUCCAACCCCAAAAGAAUAUUCUUUUACAGAGAAAAUUAUUUAAUGUUUUUCUCAAAAUAAACCACUAACCCUGUAGCAUAAUGCAGCUCAAAUAAUUGAUGAUUAUAGGGUAGGUACAUACAUAGUUCCAGUUUGUUUUGCCAUUGCAUUCUGUAGUAUGGGAAUAGUAUAUGUACGUUGGGAUAUUUCAGCUUAAAGAAAUUUCAGUAUAAAGAACAAAAUCUCUUGCUUUAUAAGACUUUGUUAUAACGAGAUUUUACUGUAUUCUGUUUAUAUAAAUGCAGUGGCCUGCAAAAGAGAAUAAAAUUAACAUCAUUGUCCUACUAGCAUUUUCUCUAACUCAAAAAUAUGGAUGUGUAUGUUAAAAUUAUGCAUGUGGGGAAUAACUUGUAUUUAGACACUUUGUUUCUCUUACACAAACCAUAAAAAAAUAGCCGGUGGUUCUGCUCAGAAGAGAAUUUGUGUUGUGUAUGGUGCACUCUGUAAAUAUAUAUAAUUAUGUAAUAAUUGCAAUUUUGAUAUAAUGCUGUUUGAAAGAGUACAAAUUUUUUAAAAUAAGAUUUUUCAAAAGCAGCCAUAAAUAGCUUGUCAAGUAAUUGUAAUGUGAUGUAUAAUUUUUUAUUAUACUGAUUAAAUAUAAUUACUUUUAGUCGUCUUACAUUUUAAAAUUUGUUCUGUAAAUAAAUUCUUGAUAAAAACAA